AUGGUUUUAAUUCUUUUAAAAAAGAAUAAACUUCUCAAAAAAGAACAAACGGAUCCAAAAAAGCCCUCAUUUCCCCGAAAACUCGCACUGUUGCGGCGCUGCGCAGAGGCGGAGGCCGUGAAGCGACGCAAACUCGAAAUCGCCUCCAAAAAAAAAGCCUCCGGCGCCCGCGGGAAAGCCAUUAGGGCGGUGAAGCUUCGCGUGGAGGAAGAGGGGCGGCCUCCGUGCAAAAUGGCUGCGCGGGAGUGGGUGGUGCGCAUUUCCUGUUUCGCCGCGCUGACGGCCUUCUGGGUUUCUCUCUUUGUGGUGCUGCUGGAGGAAAACAGUUACCGCCACUACGAGCCGCCGGGGCAGCUGAAGUUCGAGGGUUGGCUUUACUGCAAGUGCGGCUACAUUAAAUAUGUUGCGAGACAAACCACUUGGAACUUGAACAUGUUUUGGUGUUUUGGAAACGAAACCGACGCCAACUUCUACCUCAACGCCUAG